CGCACAUGAGCCUGCGCUUGGUGCUGACGGAAGUAGCAGUGACUGCGUGGCCUCCCCGGGCGCCCGCCCCGUUGGAAGAAGGGCCCCAGCCCCUCUCACCGCCCCAUCUGAUGGGGAAACUGAGGCAAGAAGCUGGUCAGUGACUCAGCCAUCAGGUGAACACUGGGUCCAGACUUGUGGGGGAACUGAUGCCAGCUGGGUCGUCUCAGUGAGGGGCACUGGACAGGAGCCUGCAGGAGUUUCCACAGCGGCCACCAGGAUGUCAUAUUUUGGAGAGCAUUUUUGGGGAGAGAAGAACCACGGCUUUGAGGUUUUGUACCACAGUGUGAAGCAAGGGCCCAUUGCCACAAAAGAGUUGGCGGACUUCAUCCGGGAGAGGGCCACCAUUGAAGAGACCUACUCGAAGGCAAUGGCGAAACUCUCCAAGCUGGCCAGCAAUGGGACCCCCGUGGGGACCUUUGCUCCCCUCUGGGAAGUUUUUCGAGUCUCCUCUGACAAGCUGGCGCUCUGCCACCUGGAGCUGACACGGAAGCUGCAGGACCUCAUCAAGGACGUGCUGCGCUGUGGCGAGGAACAGCUCAAGAUGCACAAGAAGUGCAAAGAGGAGGUAGUGGGCACCCUGGAUGCGGUGCAGGUUUUCGGAGGUGUCAACCAGCUGCUGCCCAAGUCUCGCGAGAACUACCUGAACCGCUGCAUGGACCAGGAGCGCCUGCGCAGAGAGAGCACCAGCCAGAAGGAGAUGGACAAGGCAGAGGCCAAAACCAAGAAGGCAGCAGAGAGCCUGCGGCGCUCCGUGGAGAAGUACAACUCGGCCCGGGCGGACUUCGAGCAGAAGAUGCUGGACUCAGCUCUGCGCUUCCAAGCUAUGGAGGAGGCCCACCUGAAGCAUAUGAAGGCACUGCUGGGCUCCUAUGCUCACUCGGUCGAGGACACCCACGUGCAGAUUGGGCAGGUCCAUGAGGAGUUUAAGCAGAACAUAGAGAAUGUCAGCGUGGAGAUGCUGCUCAGGAAGUUUGCAGAGAGCAAAGGCACAGGCCAGGAGAAGCCAGGGCCCUUGGACUUCGAGACGUACAGUGCAGCUGCCCUGCAGGAAGCAAUGAAACGUUUGCGGGGAGCCAAGGCCUUUCGCCUUCCAGGACUGAGCCGGCGGGACCGGGAGCCACCUGCAGCUGUAGACUCCAUGGAGCCCGAUUCAGGGACAUGUCCAGAGGUGGAUGAAGAAGGCUUCACUGUCCGGCCAGAUGUGACGCAGAACAACACAGUUGAGCCCUCCCGCUUCUCAUCCAGCGAUUCCGACUUCGACGAUGAGGAGCCCCGAAAGUUCUAUGUGCACAUCAAGCCUGCCCCGGCCCGGGCCCCGGCCUGCAGCCCGGAGGCGGCUGUGGCACAGCUCAGGGCUACAGCGGGCAGUCUCAUCCUUCCUCCUGGCCCAGGGGGCACCAUGAAACGCCACUCUUCACGCAGCUGCCUGGACAGCCCCACACCUGAGUCCCCUGGUCUAUGGAGUGGGGACCACCAGAGGCAGGGUGAUGGGAAGGCUCAGCAAGGUGCAUCUGUCAUAGGGGACGCUGCCGGGAAACCACAGAGGCCUCGAUCUGCCCCAAGGGCCAGCAGCUGUGCAGAAAAGCCGCAGUCAGAGGAGCAGUGUUCCAAGAGCCUCUUUGGGCCGCCCCUCGAGUCGGCCUUUGACCACGAAGAUUUUACAGGGUCCAGCAGCCUUGGCUUCACCUCCAGCCCUUCCCCCUUCUCCUCCUCGUCGCCCGAGAACGUGGAGGACUCAGGCCUCGACUCCCCUUCCCACGCGGCGCCUGGCCCCUCCCCAGACUCCUGGGUACCCCGCCCAGGCACCCCGCAGAGCCCGUCAUGCCGGAGGGCGCUUACCCCUGAGUGUAGGGGGGCACAGGCCCCUCCGCCUGAUUCGCCACAACCCCUCACAGUGUCCCCAGGCCCCUGGGGGCUGGAGGCCGAGGCGGGAGGAGACCUAAUGUCCACUUCUGCUGAACUUGCAGCCCAGGAGGGCCUGGCAGCCCCACCCCGGAGACCCCGCUCUAGGAAGGUGUCCUGUCCUCUCACCCGCAGCAAUGGAGACCUGUCUCGUUCCCUGAGCCCCUCUCCACUGGGCACCGCCCCAGAACGGUCCAGCUUCUCAACCCAGACAGGACUCGGAGUCUCCCGGGGCCCAAGCCCCGUGGUCCUGGGGUCCCAGGAUGCUCUGCCCGUGGCCACAGCCUUCACAGAGUAUGUCCACGCCUACUUCCGUGGCCACAGCACCAGCUGUCUGGCACGAGUAACUGGGGAGCUGACCAUGACCUUCCCGGCUGGCAUCAUGCGUGUGUUCAGUGGGACCCCACCCCCACCUGUCCUCAGCUUCCGCCUCGUGCACACGGCCUCCAUUGAGCACUUUCAGCCCAACUCAGACCUGCUCUUCAGUGACCCCUCCCAGAGUGACCCUGAGGCCAAAGACUUCUGGCUCAACAUGGCAGCUCUGACUGAGGCCCUACAGCGCCAGGCAGAGCAGAACCCGGCUGCCUCCUACUAUAAUGUGGUGCUGCUGCGCUAUCAGGUCUCAGUGGAGUACAGCUACCGGCCUGGCGCCACAGCCGUGCCCACGCCACUCACCAACGUCCAGAUCGUGCUGCCUGUGGGGGAGCCUGUGACCAACGUUCACCUGCAGCCUGCUGCCACCUGGAACCUGGAGGAGAAGCGGGUCCUGUGGAGGCUUCCGGAUGUGUCCGAGGCUGGGGGCUCUGGCCACCUGUCCGCCAGCUGGGAGCCAUGCUCAGGGCCCAGCACGCCCAGCCCUGUGGCCGCGCAGUUCACCAGUGAGGGGACCACCCUGUCGGGUGUGGACCUGGAGCUCGUGGGCAGUGGCUACCGCAUGUCACUGGUGAAGAGGAGGUUCGCUACAGGGAUGUACCUGGUGAGCUGCUGAGCUCUGCGCUAUGUCCUGGUGCUCGCCGCCUGCUCCCGCUUUCCGUGGACCCUGGGGUCCCCCACCCCAGCCUCCCUGAGGUCCAGACCCUGUGGAGAGGAGCCCAACGCCCAGCCUGGCCAAGCCCCAGACUUGCUCCUCCUCACGCAACCCUGCGCAGGCCCAGUCUUUUAAUGUUCUUUGAAUAAACAUUCUAUUUUCUAAUAAAAGCAAAAACAAACCUUUUCCUGCUCCAGGAAGUUUCCUUCUCCAUGCCAGAGAGCUUUCCUUCACAGUGCCUCCUCUUCUCUGUCUUGACCAGCUGUGCUAGGCAUUGCUGGGGGAGACACACCCCCAGAGGACAUUCCCAGCCCCACAGGGUCAGAUCUGGGCUGGAGGGAGGGACAGGAGCUGAGGGAGCCCAGAGAGUGGAGUUGGAAAAACUUCCUAAGGAAGGGGGAUUUUAAGUAGGGUUUUGAAGAAUGAGUAGGAGUUUGCCAAAUGGAGAAGGGUAUCCCAGGCAGAGGGAUGGUGAGUAGUAAGUUCCAUGAGUGUUAUGGAUUGAAUUGGGUCCCCAAAAAUGUGUUGUGAGUGUGCUGUGAAUCCUGACCUCUAUGCCUGUGGUUAUAAUCCCAUUUGGAAAUGGGUUAUCUUUGUUUUGUCAAUGAGGCAGGAUUAGUUUAGGGUAUGUCUUGAGUCAGUCUCUUUUGAGAUAAUGAAAGAGAUAUAAACCAAGGUGAUUAGGGAGAGAGAAACAAGCAGAGAUGGGGAAAGAGAGAUGCCAAGCCACAUAAAGAUCACCCAGGAAAAGAAGCUCAGAAGAGACAAGGACUUUCCUCCAGAGCUGACAGAGAGAGAAAACCUUCCCUAGAGCCGGCGCUCUGAAUUCAGACUUCUAGUCUCCUAAACUGUGAGAAAAUAAAUUGGUUUGUUAAAGCCAUCCACUUGUAGUAUUUUUGUUGUAGUAGCACUAGAUAACUCAGACAAUGAAAAAACAAUCAACUCACAAGUGUUGAUUGAGUGUCUAUGCCAGGCUGAAGGAGCACAAAGUUCUUGGAGGCUGUGAAGCCAGGCAGCCUGGAUUUGGAGCCUUUUUUACCACAAAUCGUGACUGUGUGACUUUGAGUUCGUGACUGGACUUCUGAGGCCUCAGAGUCCUUGUCUGAGACCCACCUCACUGGGUGGCCAAGGGAGGUUGGGAACUUGGUAUUGAGUAAGAACACCAGCAGUUCUGGCUGCUGGCUUUUUUCUGUGGGGCGCCCAAGGCAGAGGGGUGGCCUGAGGCUGGGGCCAGGACAGGUGUGGGCGGGCAGGUCUAGGCUCUGCAGACAGUCCUGCAUCUUGCUGGCACGUGAGGACCCUGGACACCCAACCUGAGGCCUUGCAGACCCCAGGAACAGAGCUGGGCCCAGACGGAGGUCGGGAAGCAGCAAGCCAAACUGGGCCUGAGACCCACUGUUAUGGACUGAAUUGUGUUCCCCAACAUGUAUGUGAACUUGGCUAGGUCAAGAUUCCCAGUGUUGUGUGAUUGUCCACAAUUUUGCCACCUGAUGUGAUUUUCCUAUGUGUUGUAAAUCCUACCCUUAUGAUGUUAAUAAGGUGGGAUUAGCUGCAGUUAUGUUAAUGAGGCAGGAUACAAUCUACAAGAUUAGGUUGUGUCUUAAAUCAAUCUCUUUUGAGACAUAAAAGAGAGAAGCUGAGCAGAGGGACAGGGGGACCUCAUACCACUAAGAAACAAGAGCCAGGAGAAUAGCGCGUCCUUUGGACCCAGGGUCCCUGCGCUGAGAAGCUCCUCAACCAGGGAAGAUUGAUGACAAAGACCUUCCCCCAGAGCUGCCAGAAAGAGAAAGCCUUUCCCUGGAGCUGGUGCCCUGAAUUCGGACUUCCAGUCUCUAGACGGUGAGAGAAUAAAUUUCUCUUUGUUAAAGCCAUCCACUUGUGCUAUUUCUGUUAUAGCAGCACUAGAUGACUAAGACAUCCACUUCUCUCUCUUUCGGGUUCUCUCCCCUAGGCCUCUGAGGAAGGAGAGAGUCUGUCUGUGCCUCAGUUUCCUCACCUGUAAAAUGGGGGAAAUAGCCCUGGCUCCUAAUGUUGGGAGAGAUCUGGGAAGCCAUCGUCAGCUCAAAGCAGGUGCACAAUUGUCCCUCGUGUGUUUGAUUCUAACUCAGUUGUCACCCCGAGGAGGGGACAGCUGGGCAUGAUCUCCCCCAGCCCAGGUUGUGUACCCUGUCCCGAAAGAAAAGUGUCAUUUCAACCACAGGACACAAAAAUGCCUCACAGGUCCCAGGGGUAUACAGCAUGGUCAUAGGCCACAGCAUACACGGAGGUUGAGGGUAGGGUAGAGGGACCUUUAUUAGGGUCUGACGGUGGGGUAAGGGAAUUUUCAUGGGGUAAGUGACCAAGAUGUUCAAAUACUUCAUAAUAUAACCAAACUCUUCUAACAGCUACCCAUUAUCCCUGAAAUCUCUGACUUAUCCUCCUGGCUAGAUCCCUCUGUUGUAGUGUAAAAACAUGUAACGGGGAAGACCAAAAACAAAUUUUCAUAAAGGAGAUGGCCUUUAAGCUCCUUAUCCCCCCUCCCCCCUCACAGCAUCCAUUGUGGUACUUCUCUGCAAAUUAAAACUACGAUGAGAUUCCAUCUGGAUUAAUGCAAGGCUGGCAUUAAUCCAAAAAACACAAAAUAAUAAAUGUUGGAGGGGCUGCGGAGAGAUUGGAACUCUUAUACACUGCUGGUGGGAAUGUAAAAUGGUACAACUACUUUGGAGAUCUAUCUGGCGUUUCCUUAAAAAGUUAGAAAUAGAACUACCAUACAACCCAGAAAUCCCACUCCUCGGAAUAUAUCCUAGAGAAAUCAGAGCCUUUACAAGAAAAGAUAUAUGCACACCCAUGUUUAUUGCAGCACUGUUUACAAUAGCAAAAAGCUGGAAGCAACCAAGGUGUCCAUCAGUGGA